AAGAAUUGGCCUUCUUUGAUGGACAAAUUUCAGUAGCUAGCUUAGUACAUAGUUUCCAAUUAAAAACCUGUAUUUCUAUUUGACUAAAUACGAGUUUUUCUACUGGUUCUGGUUAUUUAAACCCACAGGUGGCGGCUCAUUUGUCUUCACUUGAAUCUUCGCCAAAAAUCUUAGAAAAUGGGAAGGGCAACCAGUUCUUCUUCAUCUUCCAUCGAGAGCAGCACCCAUUUUGGGUUUUCAAGCAAUGGUGCUUCUUCGUCUUCUUCCUCUCAGAGGGACCUCAGCACUGAUCUUAGGCUUGGUCUUAGCAUUUCAGCCUCUCGUCCCUACGCAAGGGGGCAGCCAUCGCUGUUAAGGCAGGUAGUUUCUGAAGAAGAAAAUGAGUGCAACAGUGCAACUUUCUUCGUAAAGGUGUACAUGGAAGGGAUUCCUAUUGGUAGAAAACUGAACCUGUUAGCUCACGAGAAUUACUACGAUCUGAUAAGGACACUGGAGAACAUGUUCAACACAAACAUUAUCUGGGCUGAACCUGAAGCUGAGAUGGAUGGAGAUCGUUACGAGAAAUACCAUGUGCUAACAUACGAAGACAAGGAAGGGGACUGGAUGAUGGUUGGUGAUGUUCCUUGGGAGAUGUUCUUGUCAGCUGUGAGGAGAUUGAAGAUCACCAAGUGCUAAAUUUUGGUACAAAAUCCUUUUUUUUUUCUUUCUUUUUUUUUUUUUUGGGGGAGGUUGGU